GCUAUGACCAAUGGUCACUCUCUACAACUGGGCAUGAGUUACUGUACUGGACGUGCCACAGUGACCAGACUAGCUGCACACAUAGCUCACUGCAAGCUGUUUGAGCCCAAGCCCCAAGGAGACCUGGCCAGAAACAGAGAAGUUUUACGUGAGCACAUGCGACGCUGUAGUCAGACGGCUGCCAUUGUGGGAAAACCUGUCGUCUUGAUGAUCCAUGAGGAACUUGGGGAGGAAUGUCUGCUUGAUGUGUGCUCGUAUAUGGUAGAAGGUACCUGCCCAGGGCUGUACACUACAGAAGAACUCCAGCAGAUAGCCACCCAGAUGACCCCUGGUCAGGUCCAGAUCAGGAAGGUGGACAAGGUGGAACAGACCUUCAAUGACAAGUUCAUACGGAGAGUCAAACAGAACCUGCACGUGGUGAUCAUUCUAAAUUAUUCAGGUUCCACAGUGUACACCAAACACAGCCCCAUGCACAAUCUGCUGCGGAAAUGUCCCUCCCUGAUACAUCAUGUGAUCAGUGUGGAUCUGUACAAACCCUGGAACCAUGACGCCUACGUCAAAGUUGCUGAGACAUGGUUACGAGAUGAGUCUUCAAGGAUACCAGUUCCAUGGUCAGAAAUCAACACAUUAGAACAGGUGAAGGCCGUCUCCUCCGCCAUGGCUUACAUCCACAACUCCUCACGGGAGGCGGUAGAGAGGCUCUACUCACAGUACAGCCAGGCACAGCUCAAGUUCUACACCCCACUGACAUUUAUGGAGUUUGUCCACAUCUUUAAGGUGGUGUCUGCAAGUAUUGCCAAGAAAGAAAAGAGUAAGAUAGACAAGUACCAAGCAGGCCUUGAGAAGAUGAACGAAGCCUUUGAUUGUAUCGCCAAAUACAAGGACAGGGUCUCGGAGUUACGUCCUCGGCACAGAGCGGCGCAGGAAUUGGUGGAAGGUCACGUGAAGAAAGUGGAAGAACAGAAACAGGAGUUUGUGGAGGCCAGAGAGCGCUGUAAACUGGAGGAAGAAAAGAUAGCUGCUCUAAUUGGUCCUCUGGAAGACAUGAGGAAACAGGCGGAGGCAGAGUUUGACAAA